UGUAACUGGUGCGCAUUGCGGAGCCGUGGAAAUCGGUGGAGCUCGCGAAGAAGACUCUUCCGGUUCUUCUACCUCUCGACUCUUGCAGAUUCUCCAUCCAAAGCGAUGCGAAUAUUGGAUUCGUUCGUGAUCACGAAGCUCGUGCUCUCGAUCAGUCUGCUAUUUCUCUCUUCUUCCGAUGCGGUGAGACCCGACGGAGUUUGCAUUUCGAAAGGUGGUCGUUUCCCGCCCUUUGCUUCAGAAGGGAAGCCUCCAGGAAAGGUUAGUAGAGGGUCCAAGGAUUUGACCCUUUGCCGCAUUUUCCGGCAAAAGACAUGCUGCGAUGUGUCCCAGACGCUUCCUGCUUUGAUAGCGACUAGGAGGCUCUCUUUGAAGGGAGAAGCAAGCAACGAGUGUGUGCAGCUGUGGGAGUUGCUGGAAUGUUCUAUCUGCGAUCCACGCAUUGGUGUUCAGCCUGGACCUCCUCUUAUAUGUGCCUCUCUUUGUGACAGAAUCUUUCAGGCUUGCUCCAAUGCUUACUUCUCGAUGGAUCCGAAGACACAGGUUCUCGCACCAUGUGGAGUGAAUGAGGUGAUAUGUGCUAGAGCUUCUGAAUGUGUAUCCAAUGGCACUGAGCUGUGCCUUGCUGCUGGUUUUUCUGUGAAAUUGGAUGAUGGUAGACUUGUUGGCUCUGAAGCAGCGCAUUGUUAUGGCGGUCAAGCUAGUUUAGACUCAAUUUCCAGUUCAUGGACGACUGCCGAUUCUGAGAUGCCUCACGUAUCUGAUGAUCAGCAGCGGCUGGGGGGAAUGCCAUACAGUAAAACAGUAUUUUGGGCGGUGGGAGGAAUGGUCUUGACCGGAGGACUGCUGGUUAUAAGGAGGAGGAGAAGCAAGAGCCACUACCAGAAAAUUGCUGCUAUUCAGCGUGUUGCAAGGAGACUGGAAGCUCAGACAAAUCAGAAAUCUUUCAAUUCACGUAGUAAGAAGGGGAAGGGAGGAUAAAUCUUCGCUAUGUGCUCCUUUUACAGUAAUACUUCUGUUUGCAGGUAAACCUAUCUGCAAUUGUAAUUACCACAAGAAAACUGCCAUCCUUCAGCAAGCUGUUUUUGUGAUACUGAAGCAACAAUUUAUGCUUGUUCUUGCCGUAAUCAAGACGAGGCAUGGAUCACUCGGCAUACGUUCAGCUUUUUGGCAGGAAGAAAUGAGGAAAACACGCCUUCUUCAUUUGUCAAGAAGAGGGAUUUUGGGCUGUAACCUGUCUUGUCAUCUUACAUUUUUCUAAAGUUGCAGAAACUUGGUUCUGCCUUGCUUUUGGGAGAUGGAAAUCUUGGAGUAGAAAUGUUUGCGUACACAGAGCCCAUUGAUGUCUAUGUUGGAGUAGAAAUAUUUACAUACGCAGAGCCCAUUAAUGUCUACAUAACACUGCGUAGCUUGAUGCAUCAGUGUGAAUUCAGAAGGUUAUCAGU